GAGAAAACAACGAAAUGCACAGCUGAUCACCGGUGUUUCAUGCAAGCUCUCUCCCACGCCAUGCAUGUGUCACUAGCGACUAGCGCCGUACGGCCCGGCCCGGCGCGCUGCUGGGCUACAGUCCCGUACUGUAAUCCGUGCGAUGAUCUGCCGCUGAUCAUUUUGUCAUCAAACUUCAUUCUUGUAUCAUCACAAUUUUCAUUGUGCGAAGUUUCUACUUUCAAUUCUGCAAAGUAACUUAGAAGAACACUAUAUAGGCUUCAAGAUCACCCCAGUUGUUGGUGAGCGAGGUUUAACUUUAGUAACGUUUACUGCACUGCCUCUCAAAAUUGCGGAAUCCAAUCCCGGGUCUGGUCGACGUUAAUUCAACUCGAGUCAUAUUCAGCACUUUUCUGGAAGAAGUCUAGUCAAGCAUAUUCUCAUUUCUAGAUUUAGACAUUUUGGGCAUAACGAUUCUUCAAGAUGAACAACAACUUUAACAACUACAUCAGCCUUUAUGCUCCAAUGAGUGAUGAGAAAAAGGUUGUAAUCUUUGAUAAAGAUGGAACCCUAACCUGUAUGCAUGCCAUGUGGGCACCUUGGCUCAUCCAGACAGCUGAAAGAAUGGAGGCCGCCACUGGACUCUCUCUUCAAGAUGAGAUCUAUAAGGCAAUGGGGUUUGACAUCGAUGCCCGUGUGUUUGGUCCUGGAAUCCUGAUGGAGUGCACCAACCAAGUCUGCUUCGAGUACCUGUGUGAACUCCUUGUCAAGAAGGGGCUAUCACCCGAGAGAGCUCGUCUGAUCAGUGAGGAGUGCUUUGAUGAUGGCAACGCUGCAGUCUGCGGAGAGCUCCUGGAGUUUGGCGAUGUGCAUGAGAUCUUCACCAGGCUUAGAGAUGAGGGUUAUUACAUUGCCGUAGAUACAGCAGACAGUCGCAUCAUGACAGAGGGCACCCUUGAUAGACUAGGCGUGUCCCACCUUGUUGACAUGGUUGUCUGUGGAAACGAUGCUGGGAUCAAACCCAAACCUGAUGCUUACACCGCCCUCAAGAUCUGUUCUCGACUAGGAGUUCAUCCUCGGAAUGCAGUUUUUGUAGGGGACACCAUCACUGAUGCUAUGUGCGGCAAGAACUCAAAUUGUGGCCUUGUCAUAAAUGUCUUGACUGGGGGUGUCGACCGGAGAAUUCUCGAGAAAAAAGCCGACUUUGUUGUUGAGAGUAUAGAAGAAGCAGCUGAUUUGAUCUUGAGUCGCGACUGCUAUUGAGAUGCCUAUGUUGUAUGGCUUCUAUGAAGCUCAAUAAUAAAUCUAAAACCUGUACUGCAAAUUUCAUUUGUCAGUGUGACCAAAUGUAAUGUCUUUGUGUGCUACUGCAACAUCAACAACAUAACUUUAUGCUGAAACUUGGUGUAAAUAUAGUAUGCUUUUUUUUAUCUUAGACACUGCUAGCAUUUUAUGUAUUGGAAGCCAAAUAAUACCUAACCUAUGUUAUGCAUUCCAUUUUAAUGCUUACUGACAAAAUUAUUUAUUGUGUAUUUGCUAUUUACUAAAUUUCAAUGUAAAUUCAGGAAUUGCGUACAUGUUGUGCACAAUUUUUAGACCUUUUUUGUUGUAAAGAUUUUAUUUCUUAACCCCAAGUUCCUUGGGGAAACAUGAAGUGAGUGUUCUCUUAUGCAAUAUUUUCAUGUCAGUUAUUUAUAGUUAUACGGAGUGUAUUUUCUUUGUGGAUAUUUAUUGAAAUGUAUAUUUUUGUGAACACUAUAUCCUCUCCUUGUAUUUUUUUUAUGUAGGGUAUGAAUUUACACAAUAUAUUUAUGUAAGCAUAUUUUUAACUGCCACGUAAUGGAGAUAUUUAACUCAAAUUAAUUGGCUGAAAGCUAUCAUAUUUAUAACACUGGCGAGAGGUUUCAUGAUAUUCCCAGAAGUACAUUUUGGCUUGCGAUCAGUUGAUGCUCAUAAUGUGCAAACCAUAUUUAGGCUCUACAUCUGUAUAUUCUCAUCUGAAUGUACGCUUAAUACUGUUACAAAGGUGGCUAUGAUUGAAAUUGGUAAGUACACCAGUCUGUGAUAUAUGUAGGUAAGGCAAGGGGCAUAUUGUCGGGGGGGGGGGGGGUGGGUACAGAGAUGGAAAGUAAGCAAGGAAAAGGAAGAAAACUCAAAAGGAAGUAAGAGAAAAACUCUCUGAUAAUUAAAGAGCUGCUUCAUCCAUUUUCCAUAUUGGUUGGGAAAGUUGCAAAAAACUGAGAUUGUUAUCUUUCACUUGUGACGUGUUUGAUACUGUGUUUCUUAUUGAUCAUUUGAAAGAAGGUAAAUGAGUCUUAUUGUUUCCAAAUGUUCGUUGGAAUUUUACAUGAAGUGGAUUUCACUUAAAUAUAGAUUAUGUUUAUUGUUAUUAUGUACCAUGUACAUGCAUGCCAGAGAAAAGAUUAUAUAAACAUUUAACUGCAUGUACGAAGAUUGCAAAAGAAAGAAUUAUUUUUAUGCUUUUGAAUGGAAAAUACUAUGUUUUUUGAAUUACAUUUAUAAACAACAAAUGGGAUGCAAACUAGCAUGAUUUUCAUGUCUGAUUUCAUUUGUUUUGAUUCCUUUGUCUAAUGCAUUUAGCAUACAAGGGAACCAAUUUGAAAACUGUCCAUACAAGUGUAUUACUGAGUCAUGAUCCUAUUAACACGUUCAAGGUAAUAUUGAAUUGCUAAUAAGUUUUAAUUUCAAGGGAUAUAAAUUGAUUGUCACUGAUUUUGCAUUAACCUUGUGAAUUGGUUAGGAAGAAGGGGUUCAAUUUUAAACCCAACAUAGCACCUUUUAUAUUAUGCUGAAUUUUAUCAUAUGUAAAACUAUGAAUUAUUAUUGUACAAAGUACUUAUAGAAUAAUAUAUGAUAUAAUAUAUUUAUAUGAAACAGUAA